ACACGUUGUUGAACACUUUUAUUGAUUCGAGCCCCAGUUUCAGUGCGUUUCGCGGCAGGAUUGAACUGUAACAAAAGUGCAACAUUUUCAGACUUUUAGCGCUUUUAUUGAAUUAAAAUCACGUCUUCUGUUCUCAAGAGGAAGAUUACAGGUUUGCCGCCAUGUGGAUCCAGGUGCGCACUAUGGAUGGCAAGGAGACCCAUCGGGUCGACUCCCUGUCCAAGCUCACCAAGGUGGACGAGCUGCGUGUGAAGAUCGCCGAGCUCUUCAACGUCGAACCCGAGAGGCAGCGACUCUUCUACAGGGGCAAACAGAUGGAAGACGGUCACACGCUCUUCGACUAUAAUGUUGGCUUGAACGACAUUGUGCAACUUCUGGUGCGUCAGGCGCUCCCAGCAGCGGCGCUGCCGAAGGACAAAGAAGCCGAGCUCUCUGACUCCGACUCCGGCUGCGGAUCGGCCCAGAGCGAGUCCGAUAAGGGCUCCACGCAUGGCGAGAGCGACGGACAGGGCGCCGGGACCUCGGGCCAGACCGACACGCCGGACCUCAUCGACCCGGGCUUUGGCUUUUACAAGAUAAAUGAGUUCGUGGACGCUCGAGACUUGAACAUGGGCGCCUGGUUUGAGGCGCAGAUUGUCAACGUGACCAAAACGGCAAAAUCUUCAGAUGAAGACGGAGGCACUGAUGGGGAAGAGGAGAUCCUUUACCACGUCAAAUACGAAGAUUACCCCGAGAACGGCGUGGUGCAGCUGCGCGGGAAAGACGUGCGUCCGCGGGCGCGCACCGUCUACCAGUGGCACCAGCUGGAGCAGGGCAUGAUCGUGAUGGUGAACUACAACCCCGACGAGCCCAAGGAGCGCGGCUACUGGUACGACGCCGAGAUCCAGAGGAAGAGGGAGACGCGCACUCAACGCGAGGUUUACGGCAAGAUCCUGCUCGGAGAUGCUGGUGAUUCUCUCAAUGACUGUCGCAUCAUGUUCGUAACCGAGAUCUACAAGAUCGAGGAGCCAGGAAAUUCGGAGGGCCCAGGAGCCUCUUCUGACAGCCCUCUCAAGAGGUCAAACGGGCCCGAGUGCAAGGUUUGCAAAGACGACCCCAAGAAGAACUGCCGCAUGUGCAACUGUCACGUGUGCGGCGUCAAGCAGGAUCCCGACAAACAGCUGCUGUGCGACGAAUGCGACAUGGCGUUUCACACCUACUGCCUGAACCCGCCGCUCACCACCAUCCCCGCCGACGAGGACUGGUAUUGUCCUGAAUGCCGUAACGACGCCAGCGAGGUGGUUCUGGCCGGAGAGAAGCUGAAGGAAAGCAAGAAGAAGGCCAAGAUGGCGUCGGCGAGCUCGUCCAGUCAGAGGGAUUGGGGGAAGGGUAUGGCGUGUGUCGGACGCACUAAACAGUGCACCAUCGUUCCCUCCAACCAUUAUGGUCCCGUUCCUGGAGUCCCAGUGGGAACGCUCUGGAAGUUUAGAGUGCAGGUGAGUGAAUCUGGCGUUCACAGGCCUCACGUCGCCGGCAUUCACGGCAGAAGUAACGACGGCGCUUAUUCUCUGGUUCUCGCCGGAGGUUACGAAGACGAUGUGGAUGACGGUAACGAGUUCACUUACACGGGCUCCGGGGGUCGCGACCUCUCAGGAAACAAGAGGACGGCCGAGCAGUCUUGCGAUCAGAAGCUCACCAACAUGAACAGGGCUCUCGCUUUGAACUGUAACGCGGCGGUGAACGAGAAGGAAGGCGCAGAGGCCAAAGACUGGAAGGCCGGGAAACCCGUGAGAGUCGUGCGCAGCUCCAAAGGACGCAAACACAGCAAAUACUGUCCUGAAGACGGCAAUCGAUACGACGGCAUUUACAAGGUGGUGAAGUAUUGGCCAGAAAAGGGCAAGUCCGGUUUCCUCGUCUGGAGAUAUUUGCUAAAACGAAAUGACGACGAACCGGCGCCGUGGACCCGUGACGGAAAAGAGCGCAUUAAGAAACUUGGGCUCACCAUGCAGUAUCCUGAAGGUUAUCUGGAAGCAGUGGCUGCGAAAGAAAAGGAGAAAGAGAACAAAAACGAGGAAGAAGUUGAUGAAACGCCCACUAAAGGCAAGAGGAAGAGGAAAUCCCAGACCGUGGAAGAAAAGAGUUCUCCGGCCAAAAGCACGCCUAAGAAGAUGAAGGUGGAGGCGUACAAACUGAGCAAAGAGCAGAAGGCCUUGAUCAAGGAUGAUGAGCUCAACAAGAAGCUGUGGGACGAAGCCAUGGAGUCUCUGAACCUCGGACCUCGCUUCAUCAACAAAGUGGAGGAAGUUUUCCUGUGCAUCUGCUGUCAAGAAGUCGUCUAUCAGCCCAUCACCACAGAAUGCCAACACAACGUCUGCAGGGAAUGCCUUCAACGAUCUUUUAAAGCCGAGGUCUACACCUGUCCGGCUUGCCGACACGACCUGGGCAAAAACUACCAAAUGACGGUGAACAAACCUCUCCAAGCCAUCCUCACCCAGCUCUUCCCCGGAUACAGCAGCGGCCGGUGUUGACGCUGACGCCGUCGGCACGGCGCGACAAUUUCACAACCGAAACUUGGAUUUUGUUGUUUUUUUUAAAUCUAUUUAACAAAUGCUUCAGGUUAUAGGAUUGAUGGAAUCACCUCCUUGAUUGAACACCGCUACUUGAUUUGGCCCUGUUUUGUGAUCUUGCCUCUAUCUGUACGUUGUAGCUUUUUCUCUGCUGAAUUGCGAUCUACGUAUUUACGAGUAAAGUGAUUCUAGUCGUGUUUUUAGCUAUAGCCGCCUCAAGUGACGUAACGUUGCCUCCUUGUACCCUACACCAGCACAAUGAACUACAGCUAUGCACAAUUACGACGUUCGUUGAUCAUUUUUCGCAGCAGUUUGUCAUUACGAUGAUUUGUACGAAAACGCUGGCUCUAGAAUCCCGUUAAAACAAUCCCAUUGCUUCAUAAGUGCGUUUGACAUUUUUACUGUACCAUCAUUAGCGCUAACUAAAUUUAAUGAACGUUAAUAUGCCAUCAAAUUUAAUGUUAAGACUUUGUACGAAUGCUGUUUAGAAUGGUUGCCCUUAUGGUGCUGUAGCAGUAGCGUUUUUUUACCAUUGUUAACGUUAACUAAAUUUAAAUGAACUAUCUAUGCACUAUUACGAUGUUUGUUAAUUUUUCACAAGCAGUAAUUUGUCAUUACGAUGAUUUGUCCGAAAGCACUGGCUGUAGAAUCCCAUUACAACGAUCCCAUUGCGUUACGAUCGGUUGUACCAAUGCUAAUGCUAACUAUAUGAAAUAGCUACGCUGUAUUAUAUUUGUGACGCUAAUAUUCCAACAACUUUCUUGUCGUUAACCAGCCUUCGUACAAAUGUUAAGAUCUGUGAGUGCCGUAGCAGUAACAGUUUUACUGUACCAUCGUUAGCGUUAAUUAAACGCUACGUUUACGACAUUGGCUAAUGACGUUGAUGUUUUUUUGCGAACAGGAAUGUGACAUUACGGUAAUUUGUACGAAAGCACUGGCUCUAGAAUCCUGUUAAAACCAUCCAGUCACAUUGUGAUCGGUGCGUUUGACGUUUUUACUGUCCCAUCAUUAGCGCUAGCUAAAUGUAACUUUUACAUUUAAAUUGCACUAGCUAUGCGCUAUUAUGAUGUUUGCGAUGCUAAUAUCCCAACGGGUUUUUCCAUAAUUUUUGACGUUAACAAGUCUUCGUACGAUUGUUAACAUCCAUGAGUUUAAGGUGCUGCAGCAGUAAUAUUUUUACUGUACCAUCGUUUGCGCUUGCUAAAUUUAAACCAGCUAGCUAUGUACUAUUACGACUUUUGCGACGCUAAUAUCCCAUCAGGUUUUUCCAUCAUUUAUGCCAUUAAGCCUUCGUACAAAUGUUAACAUCCAACAGGUUUAAGGUGCUGUAGCUGUAAUGUUUUUACUGUACCAUCGUUAACGCUAAAUAAAUUCAAAUUAACUAGCUAUGCGCUAUUACGAUGUUUGCGGUGCUAAUAUCCCAUCAGGUUUUUCCAUCAGUUAUGACAUUAAGCCUUCGUACGAAUGUUAACAUCCAACAGGUUUAAGGUGCUGUAGCUGUAAUGUUUUUACUGUACCAUCGUUAGCGCUAAAUAAAUUCAAAUUAACUAGCUAUGCGCUAUUACGAUGUUUGUGGUGCUAAUAUCCCAUCAGGUUUUUCCAUCAGUUAUGACAUUAAGCCUUCGUACGAAUGUUAACAUUCAGCAUUUUAAGGUGCUGUAGCUGUAACGUUUUCACUGUACUAUCAUUAGCGCUAGCUAAAUUUAAACAAACUAGCUAUGCACUAUUACAGCGUUUACGAUGCUAAUGUCACACUAGAUUUUUCGUCACUUAUGUCGGUGAGCCUUUGUACAAAUGUUAACCAAGAGCUUAAGGUGCUGUAGCUGUAAUGUUUUUACUGUACCAUCGUUAGCGCAAACUAAAUGUGAACGAACUAGCUAUGCACUUACAAUGUUUGCGACGUAAAUCGUAAUUUUUCGCCAGCGUUUUUUCGUCAUUUAUGAUGUUGACAAGACUUCGUACAAAUGCUAUUAAGAUCCGUGAGUUUAAGAUGCCGUAGCUUUACUAGCGCACAAAAACGUUUGUUGACUUCUUGGCUUUAUUAAAUCUUUUUAUUAUACUGCCGUUAUUGGUAACUAACUAAAUUUAAUCAAAAAAUCUAUUCAUUUUUAACCUAAUAGUAAUUUACGUAAAAGCGCUACAUUCAUUGAACGUAUUUUUUUGUCCUCGUCCAUUUUGAUAAGCAAAUAAAUUUUAAUACGCUCUGAAAUGAAUAGAUAUUAUCCCUCUUUUUUUCAUUUCGUUUAUUUGCUUCGCUGUUUAACUGCUGUAUGUGCUUUAGAAAUGGCGUGUCAUAUUUUUUUUUUUUUUUUUUUUCCUCACUAACUUCUGCCGUUAUGCAAACAGUGGUCACGCGCGUAGAACUGAUCCGCGGUCUGCAUAUUGGGUGCUGUUUUGAGUCGAUCCCGGAUCCGGUUUUAAGCGCUCCUGGUCUGCCUUGAUUUAUCGAAGGUUUUCGAGGGAAAUCCUCAAACCGUUUUCCGCACAAAUCCGACAGUCUCUCAUUCAGGAAGUAUUUAAUUGUAUCGUCUUUUUCGCCCGUUGACGUUCUUUGCUUGUUGUAAGAGUUAUUAUAGAAUUUGCUAAAUAAAAUGCCUAAGGCUGCAGAUAAUUACCUUUUGUUUUAUUAUUUGUUUUCCUUAGUUAUACCUCAGCUAUUUCUAAUAUUUGCUAGACUGGAGCUGUAUAUUCUGAAAUUUGAAAUUGUAUAUUUUUAGCACUUGUAUUUAGCCAUUUUAUGUAGUGGUUGGUGCAUAGCUAUUUUCUUGCACUGGAGUAAGUGCUAUAUUUUUCAAUAAACUGUAUUGAACUUUUAUAUAAAAUAAAACCCUGUGUGUGG